CGGAGAGCAUAUAUCUGCUGUACACCACGACGUCUGAGUCCUGCCCGUAUCGACAAUCCCUGGGUCCGCUGCUAUCUAGAAUCAAACUCUACCUAUGGAGAACCUUACCCCAACCCCCACUCGGAGCUCCAUCCCCUCAGACUUCUCCAAUAAAACCCAUCCCAACCAUCCCAGUGUCUUCCAGCGCCUACGCAUCCGAGACGUCUCGGACGCGUUCGUGGAGGGUUGUUUGGCUGAUUUCGAGCGGGUGAAUGGAGGGUGGAUUGAUGAGCUUGUUGAGCUUGAGUUGAGGUCGUCGAUGGGUGUGAAUGGUGACAGGCCCGGGGGUAGGAAUAAUGAGAUGGGGAUGCGUGGGCCUUUGAUGAACAUCUUGAACUAUAUUGUCAACUUCCCAGACCCUUCCGAUUCCGAUUCCGAUCCUCACCCCCGCAAGAUCGUAGACGAACAAGCUUUAUACCCCGACUCGACCACCUUUGACUUCGGUUUCCCAGCGAUCAAGAAACCCGACUUCUCUAUCUUAUCUCGCAACGCGUCACCAUCCAACCCGAUUUCUCCAGAGAACUCCUGGCGUCUGCGAGACAUGUUCAUCGAGCUCAAGGCCUCGCGUGAACAGGGUCCAGGACUCGAUUUCCCGAACAGCGAAAGCAUAGUGUGGCAGUCCGCCAAUUUCGCUCGUCUCCACAUGUCCGCCCGCCCUUUCUCCCUAUUCUCCAUCGGCCUCAUGAUCCCCGGCUCGUCCUUCUCCGCCGGGAUCUUCGAUCGCGAUGGUGUCACCGUCUCGCCUGUUCAUCCGUUGUGGGAUCCUAAUACGCGUCAAUUGGAUGAUGAAGGCAUUCGUGUGUUCAUUAGGCUCAUUCGUAGCGUUGCUUGCGUCCUUUCGGAUGAGGAGAUAGGCCACGACCCGACUGUGACAGAGAUCAAGCUCACCGACGGAUCUCCUGCGUAUACCUGCUCCCUUGGCGGCUCUGAAUCGGAAGAAGAUGAUAUCAAUACCCGCCGCUGGUGUACCAUCGGGCCUCCAUUCUGGCGCUCUGUGUCGUAUACGGGUCGGGGGACGCAGGUAUGGGGCGUUCGGGAAUAUAGGGAUGGAAAGCUCGUUGGGCCUGAGAUGGUCAUGAAGACCGCUUGGCGUACGAUCAGGCGAACGACAGAGGCUGAGAUCUAUGGAUUGGUCGAAGGAACACAUCCCGGUCUUGUCGAAUUCGUCGAUGGGGGGGAUGUGGCGUUUCCAGGCCAGCCUUCGAAGCCCAUCACGGUCUAUGGUCUGCGCGGCUACGAACCAGAUGAGGACGGGACCGAGAGAGUUCUUCAUCGGUUGGUGUUGAAGACGGUUGGUCGGCCGCUGUGGGAGUAUGGAGAUGAUUUGGAGCUUGUUAGAGCUGUGAGGGCCGCGGUGCUCGCGCAUAAGUUUCUUUAUGAACAGGGUAUCCUCCAUUGUGAUGUUUCGGCUGGAAAUGUUCUGCUCAAUAAGUCUGCGUCUAUGUCCCAUUCGGGAUCCGAGGGCUUCCUCACAGACCUAGAACUGGCACAUCUCGAUGUUGCCGUCGUCGCACGGGCACGCAAUACUGUCCAAGACGCCGGACCCGUCAUCAGGAGCAGGGAGGGAGGAUGCGCCGCACUACACUCGGAGAAGACAAGAAGAACGCGCAAGGACUUUAGUGAUAGUCAAGUGGAGCAUGCAGAUGCGAUGACGGCGAGUCUUCUCUACUCCUGCGUGCCGUUUACUGGUACGGCUCAGUUCAUAGCGCUGGAGCUUCUGUCUCCACCGAGGACAGAAGACGGCGAGAGGGAGACGCAUGGGCCACACCACGACCUGGAAUCCUUCCUCUACGUUCUGUCGUAUGCAGUCAUGAAACGCACCGACGAAAUCUUCACUAGGGACCCCUCGCUGCUCGCAGACAAAACCAACAAAUUCCAAAAAAUCAAAUGGGACGACUGGGUCAACAAAGCAUUCGGCCAUUCGACCCCCAAGCGCAUACGAGACUCUCAUGUGCAGCUCGCCCCGCUCAGUUGGUUUCACAGGGCCGCAGACGCAUCGCUUUCGGUGUGCGUGAGGAGGGUUGUGUCGAGAGAGAUGUAUGACCUUUUGUUUGAGGCGAGGAAGUUGGUCGCGCGUCAGGUUAAGUGGUGGAGAGAUUUUGAGGAGGAGGGGGAAGAGCGUAUCAGUUAUGAUGCUGUGUUGAAUAUUCUUGAUAAGGCUGCGGCGGACAUGGGAUAUAAGGAAGGGUCUGGGUCUGAGGAGGAUUUGGAGGGGGCUUGAAACCUAAACAAGGUCGGCGGGCAGUGAGUGAUAUUACCAUUGGGUUGGUCUUUUGAAGCCAUGGCUUUCACACAUCCUUCCACGAACGUCGGUUCAUCCACAUUUGACUAUCUCGCCUAGUCCGAAUCAUAGCAAAUCCCAUUGUUCGAAUGAUAUGACCUAGAGAGCUUCUGCAUGGGGCGAGCAACUAGUGAGCAUUGACAUCUGCCAGCGUUACACCUCAACACUGUCCACGAACCCCCAGGCUCCUCUCAAAACUUGCGUCUUCUUCCACAAAGCGCACCUCCUCUCCGGUCAAGUCCACCCGAAACCCGAGUUGUAUUCCGAUUUCGCCUGGCUCAUGAAAGGGGAGAUCGAAAAGCGGGUAGAAGCAGAAGCUAAGUAUUAGACGGGCGUGAAGGAUAUGUUGUCCGAAAUCUAGAGCCUGUUCGUUAGCCGUACAUCGUCUUUUACAUAUCGCUAUUCCUCCCCUUUCCCAUCUAAUACAGUG